AACAGUUGUAACUGGAUGAUCAUCAUCAUCAUCAGAAACAUUCUUAACAAUAUUAGAUUCUAGUUUAGCUUUUGUUCGCAAGAAGUAAAUCAAGUAGAUUGGUUGCUGCUAGUGCUAAACGCUUGGUCGUACAUUUUUGUUUUAACCUUUUUAAUACGGGAUCAUAUUGUUCAAAAUUUAUUUGGUGUUUAUUGGUGCAAUGUCUCGCAAAUUUUUUUACAGAUGUAGAUUCAUAGCAAAUACUGCCGGACUGAUUACAAAGAAACGUACUCAUUGAGAGAUUUAAAUUACGUUUUCAUUUUAAUUAUUAAUUGCUGUUAAAUGAAGUGAAAGUGUAGAACUGUUCAGUGGUAUUUUUCUUUUCAACAGAGGCGCAGUCACAGAUAGAAAACAAAGACAGGUACUUUGACGUCCAGAACAUUUUAUUCUUCGUUAGAAAAUACAAGGACUUGUACACACAUACAUAGUCCUACGUAGCAGUAGAAAAGAAGGAAGAAAAGGAAAAAUAACGUCAAAAAAGAUUUUGUUCAGUAUAGUCAUAAUGCCGAAUGAUGAUUUUCAGUGUGAGAUUAAAGGUUAGCAUUUUAAUUUUAUUUAAUAUUCUUAUUCUGUUAAGAUAAAAUUUAAGUAGAAUAAGGAUGUUUUUUUACAGCGGUUACAUUUAUUCAUUAUUAAUUUCUACUGCUCUCAAUAAUGGUUACUUAGCAUGAAACACGUUAUUAAUUAUAAAUGCAUCGCAAACAAAUUAUUUAAAGCACCUAAAAAUCACUUACUCAGGUGCAUAAAAGGCAGUUUCUCAACUUAAAUUUCUUAAAAAGUUUCUGAGUAAUUUUAUCCAAACGAGGGAAUGGAUUUCCACUCUCUAAUCGAUAACGCUGGUUAUCAAAAUAUAAGCUUCUGUUAUUUGUAAACAGUUAAAGAAAAAUUUCGAAUUAAAGUGACGAUUAGAAAAAAAGUAUUUACUGUACGUUUUAAUUUUUGUUUUAGCAUUUGCUCGUGUUUCUUACACUAUUAGACAAUUGACAUCGGUUACUCAGCAGGCACGUGCUGCAUUUCAGUAUGCUACAUUAAAUGUCUUUCAAACGUCCCGACAACAUCAGUUAUCGUCAAUAGCAAACCCAUCAACCGCUACCUCUUUACCAUCAACAACAACUGCACAACAAAAUAUUUCAACAAUGUCUACAAGUCAAUCACAAACACUACAAAAUUUACAAAUGAAAUUACGUUCUACUGUUCGGAUGACACCAUAA